AUCAUGUGACAGAGAGGCUAACAAAGGGCCAUAUAAGCACGCUAAAAUUCUUGGUCACUACGGGUCUACCUGGGCAACGCUCGACAUCCAAGACGUGUGAAACUCUAAGCGACAAGCUGCGCCAUGCCUGGUUUCCCGGACAAGAUCUUCAAAAGCUCGAACCUCCAGAAGUUCCGGUGUCCUAUCUGUCAACAAGUUCUGAGGGAUCCUGUUCAGACUGAGUGUGGCCAUCGGUACUGCUCAUCGUGUAUUGGAGGCUUCUUGAACACGAGUGCAGGACCAAGAUGUUUGGUCUGCCCUACAGAAGAGUGCCCUUUCCUGGACAAAGAUAAGAUGAACAAGGACAGGUUUGCCCAACGAGAGAUUGAAAACAUGGAGGUGAAAUGCCCUACGACUGGCUGUGAUUGGGAGGGAAUACUCGGACAGUAUCUCCAAAUCCACAAACAUCACUGUCCUGCGACGUCGGACGAAAGGUCACCACCUCCCGCUCCCACUCAGGCGGCAGGGGUCAGCAGACAAGAUCAGACGACCCGCCGUCAGACAUUUCCGGAUGACGCUGACAGCUUCACCCUCACCACAAACCAACAUCUGAUGGGCCCUUUGAGGGAAGCAUGUGCACCGCCACCGCCAACACCUGUCGAAGAUCGUGCGUCAAGUGCCUCAAACGACGAGAAGAAUCGGGUGGUGCGUCUGCAAGGGCAGGUAGCGAAGAUGAGGAAAGAGACGAGGGAUCUGGUGAAUGCAGGAGAGAGGCUGGACACAAGAAUGCAUGCCCUGGGAGAAGGUCUUACUAGUUCUCUGCGAGCGACUGAAAGAUUGUCAGUCCAGAGGGAGGCGUACGAGCGACAGCACCGUCAAGACCGGGAGAUCAUCGAGACCCUGGAGAGGAAGGUCAGGUCUCUGGAGAGGAUCAUCGCUCUGAAGGACGUCGCCCUCGCCGAACAAGACCUCCGGAUCCAGACCCUCGAACUGACCAGCUAUGACGGCAUCCUGACUUGGAAGAUUCCGGAUUUCACUCGCAAGCGCCACGACGCCAUCACGGGGAAGACAGCGAGUUUCUACUCGCCAUGUUUCUUCACCAGCCGUACAGGGUACAAGAUGGGCGCCCGGAUCUACCUGAACGGAGAUGGGAUGGGGAAAGGCAGUCACAUCAGCCUGUUCUUCGUCCUGAUGAGGGGGCACUUUGACGGGCUGCUGCGCUGGCCCUUUAAGCAGAAGGUGACCUUCAUGCUCCUGGACCAAAACAACCGUGAACACGAGAUCGACGCGUUCCGCCCUGACCCGACCAGCUCGUCCUUCCAGCGGCCCACCAGUGACAUGAACAUCGCCAGUGGAUGUCCGCUCUUCGUGCCGCUCAGUCAGCUGGAGAGCAGCAGCCAUGCCUAUGUGAGAGACGACACCAUGUACCUCCGUGUUAUUGUCGACACAAGUGAUUUAAACUGAAUGGCCCUGUCGUUCACGGGAUGGAAAUCACAGAAAAGAUCAUUGCACUUGAUACGUUCAAAAUUAGAAACAUUUCGUAUUUCGAAGAUUAUCUUUCGGAUAGGUUUGGACCAUACCAUGUUCAUUAAGAUCAUUGUGGACACUUCGGACAUUUAGAUAGUCAUGCUUUUGCAAGUUUUGUAGUUAAAGCUGCAAUUGCUGGACAUUGUGAAGGACAGAGGCGAUUCUAACAUAUAUCAAGCACUGAGAAGAAAAACUAAAACGUCUGGAAAGCUUUAAGUACUUACCGACAUGGGUUAAUUACAACCUCAUUUCUAUCAGAUAUCAGAGUUGGAAUCCCGACUGUUGUCGUUCAGCAGACCUGCAUGUUGCUGGAAUUCAAAGGGCUGUAGUCUUUAGAACCCCGGCGCACUGUUCUGUUCAAUGUAGAUAUAGUUUUGUCCAUGACUGUAUACACCGCCUCCGGAGCUCCUAGACCUAAUUAUUCAUCCCUUUUGACUUGUUCAGAAAAGAACUUUUCUCGUAAAAACGUAACUAAUUGUAUUUAAUUUGUUUAGCCCAUUUUUCACCAAAGGAAGAAUGCUGAAUCUCCUGUUGAUCAAAUAGCCAUGCCAUGUAAAUGUACCUAGCAUCCUUUUUGAGGACACGACAUUAAGAUUUUCAGUCAGGUUUGAUAGCCCAAACUGGAUCUAGCAAGGCAAAGCUAAUAUGCUUGUGCUUAACGCUAUAAGGAAGAAGACCUUAUGUAUGAAUCAUAUGAAUAUAUGUGAAUUCUUUCAAAGGUUUUCUUGAAUCAUUUCAUUGACAAUACUUGUGCGAGCUCAAAUCAGUUAAUUAGAUGCACGAAUCAUAACUCCGACCUCGCCUGACCCAGGGGCCAUCCCUGUUGUAUGGAACUCACGAGUAGCGGUGGGUGGUGGAGCUCCCUAGCCUGGGGAGCAUCUCCCACCCUCCCCCCGGAUUGUCAUGUCUUCAACAUUAAAGUUUACC